GAGAGGUCGAUACUCACAGCACUGCUUUCGGUCAUUGCACGGUCCUUGUGGUCUCUCUCGGCCGGUACCGCACUGGCUGGCACCGUAGUCGUACACGGUUUGAGCGAUGAACGUGCCGCCGAUGGGGCCCGCGAUGGCUCGCACGGAGCUCUCCAGCCUGCCCAUUGCUCCGUCCAACCGGGAUCGCCUCCUGAGGGCCGGGUUUCGCACCCUAAGAGACGUGGAAGGCGUUCAGCCCUUGGACCUUUCACGAGAGCUCAAGGUUUCUUCGCAAGAGGCGUUGGCUAUCCUCAGAGAUAUCUCCGCUGCCACGGGGGCUUCCGCGGAGGGUGGCGGCGACAACGGGGGUAUGGGAUCAGCGGCGGCGGCGGUGGCGGGAGGCGUGCUUAGAGGCGGCCUCGCGGGUUCGCAGGCAGGAGCGUCGGCUCGAGAGCUCAUCGUGCGGGGCCGGCACAAGAAGCCAAUCAUUACUUUCUGCCGAGAGAUAGACGGCAUGAUGGGCGGAGGCGUGCCCAGGGGAGAGCUGACGGAGGUUUGCGGAACCCCGGGCGUGGGCAAAACCCAGUUCGGCAUGCAGCUGGCGGUAGACGUGCAGAUCCCGCACCAGUUCGGCGGCGUCGGCGGCGGUGCCCUGUACAUCGACACCGAAGGAAGCCUUACCGUAGAGAGGCUGUCCCAGCUGUGCUCGGCGGUGGUGGAACACUUGCAAAAAAUUGCCAGGAACAAACGCAAGCAAGGAGUUCCAGACCUCGAGUCGGCGGUUCCGACGCAGGAGGCGUUUCUUGGUGGCAUUCACGUCUGGCGGUUACACGACCACGCCGAGCAGUUGGCCGCGGUGCGAACCCUCCCCGAGUUUCUGGUAGCACACCCGGAGGUGAAGCUUGUGGUGAUGGACAGUGUGGCGUUUCACUUCCGACACGCCUUCCAGGACAUGAGCGUGCGCACUCGUAUGCUGAGCAGGAUGGCGCAGCAGCUGAACGAGGUCGCGCAGGCGCACUCGCUAGCGGUGGUCCUCGUGAACCAGAUGACCACGAAGGUUAUGACCGGACAUCGCGGAGAGUCCUCGUUGGUCCCGGCGCUGGGGGAAAGCUGGGCACACGCCGCAACAAACCGUCUGCUCCUCUUGUGGAAGGGCCAAGAGAGGUUCGCCGAGCUUCUCAAAUCUCCACGUCUCCGCCGAAAAACUGUUCCGUUUUCCGUCGUCGGCGUCGGCAUCCGAGACACGCAAUCUUCGCGAGCGGCGGCGGCGGCGGCGGCAGGGGCGACGGCGGCUAGCGGCGGCGGAUCGAGUUCGGGAAAACGCUCUUCUUCCGCUUCGGAGGGACAAUAUCAAGCGGCGAAACGGCACGUUGGGCACCAUGCGAACCAAUCACGGACCUUGUAG